AUGAAGUCUGCGCUCUAUGCUAUUGCGUUGGCAGCAACUGCCUGCUCUCUUUGCUGUGCCCUCAGCAUUCCACAAAAUGACAAUUUUGAAGUCCUGAAACGAGGCACCACCAAUCUUGGUCUUCCUUCCAAUGGCCUCACAACAAAUUGCAUCUCUAUCGGGUUCCUCCCCUCAGAAGGCGACUCUGCUUCUCCGCGCUACACCAUGUCCCAAAUCAACGCGGCACUCGGCGCAAAAUCAUCCACUUACGGGUGGUACGCACAAAUCAAAUCCUCGUCCUUCGACGGGAGCCAACUUACCGCUAUCAUGGACGAUGUGAAAGCCUCAGGGGCCGUUUUCGUUGCAUCUGUUAUGCCGUCCAUCAACUUCAACCAAAUCUCCACUAGCGUGGCGGACCAAGUGGCCGCUGUCAUGAAGAAAUUUACAGACGAAGGGAUAGAAGUCUGGCUACGCUUUGGCCAUGAAAUGAACUGGUAUGUGCAAGAUGGAACAUAUCAUGGUACAGCCGCGGACUUUGUCACUGCGUGGAAGAACAUUUACAACGCGAAUUGCAAAGGAAAUAGCAAGGUGAAGUGUUUCUGGAGCCCGAAUUGCGCUUCCGCAGCCUCCCUCUCCUCCUGGUGGCCUGGGAACGAAUUCGUGGAUAUUGUGGGAAUCGACUGCUACCCCAAGGCUGGUGCAGAUGUCUCUGGGACUUCUCUCUUCCAGCAAUUCUAUGGCGACUUUUAUAACACGUUUUCGAAACCGUAUAAUCUUCCUUUUGCGAUUGGGGAAACGGGCGCCGGCGGAUCGCAGAAGGAGGGGUGGUUGAAACAACUUGUGGCUCCGGGAUUGAAGAAGCAAUACCCGAAUUAUGUGUCUAUGUCUUGGUUUGAGUUUGAUAAGGAGGCGGAUUUUAGGAUCGUUAUGACGGAUGGCAAUACGCUUUCACAGACUAAACAGACGUUACUUUCGGGCUCGGGGUCGUGUGGGGGAGGAGAGGAGGGGAAUACUACGAUGCUGGGGUUGGGAUUGCAGUGCUUCGGUGCCCUGCCAGUCUCCUUGGACGUGUAA